AAAGGUCACUCAACCACUAUAUGACUUACUUCUACAUGGUUAAUGAACUUGAUUCCUUCUACAGGUUAUGUCUAUCCAGUUCCAAAGGUUCCUCUGACUCUGCCUCCGCGUCCAGUGCCAACAACGCCUAGGCCAGUUUACACCACACAGAAAGCUGUCCCUAUUUCCACACCAGCGCCUCCCAAGCCUGUCGAUGGUUACUUCUACCCGAAGCCUGCAAUUCCCUUCAACGAUUACUUGCCUCCUCGCCCAGCGCCAACAACUCCUAGGCCAGUUUACACCACACAAAAAGCUGUCCCUAUUUCCACGCCAGCGCCUCCCAAACCUGUCGAUGGCUACUUCUACCCGAAGCCUGAGAUUCGUCUUCCUCUGCCAACAAGGCCUGCGCCAACCUAUACAGCCAUUAAACCCCUACCUAUUGUCAAACAAGGUUAUGACUAUCCCAAACCUGUGGUACCUUUCUCUCUGCCACCGAGGGUCUUUACCGCUGAAAAGGCUCUUCCCACAACCCCUCUGUAUCUUCCGCCGAAACCAGUAACUGUCUCCUACUUGCCACCACCCACAACUCCUCGUCCGCCACCUCCGGUAGUUAUUGUCCAAAAGGCACCUGUAAUUGAAGGUUACAGUUACCCACGCCCAAGAGUACCAUUCGCCCUUCCACCACCUACACCCAGAGUAUAUACUACUGAGCGGCCUGUAACCAGGACCACUCCAGUUCCAACGUACUUGCCACCAAGACCAACACCAACGUACCUACCUCCACCAUCAACGACUCGCAGGCCUCUUCCGCCACCGACCUACACAACGCAGAAGCCUCUGCCGAUUGUGAGAACGCAACCGCCAGCUACGUACCUGCCGCCGACGACCAGAAGAGUUUACACAACGGAGAAGCCCGUCUAUCUGCCACCUAGGACAACCACACCAAGACCUCCUCCUCCUCCUACUCCCACCUACUUGCCUCCUGUGACGCGACCACGAACGACUCCGCCACCACCUCCUAGACCCACUCCAACUUACUUACCUCCUCCAACGACUAGGAGGGUUUUCACAACAGAAAAACCAGUUUAUCUCCCUCCAGUGACGACGACGACACCUAGGCCCCCGCCUAGGCCAACGCCGACCUAUCUUCCUCCUCCUGUCUACACCACACAGAAACCUUUGCCUAUUGUUACAGUAGCUAGAACUGCUCCUCCUGCAACCUACUUGCCUCCAACAACCAGGAGAGUUUACACAACAGAGAAGCCAGUUUAUCUUCCCCCAGUGACCAGAAGGGUUUAUACUACGGAGAAACCGGUGUAUCUUCCUCCAGUGACCAGAAGGGUUUACACAACUGAGAAGCCAGUGUAUCUUCCUCCAGUAACCAGGAAGGUUUAUACAACGGAAAAGCCAGUUUAUCUUCCUCCAGUAACUCAAAGGGUUUACACAACGGAGAAGCCAGUGUAUCUCCCUCCUGUGACAACGACAACACCCAGACCACCACCACCAACGCCGACAUAUCUUCCCCCUAGUACCACAAGAGAGGUCUUCCAAACUGAGAAGCUGAUCUACUUGCCUCCAGUGACAACGCCCAGGGCGCCACCACCAACUCCAACGUACCUGCCGCCGGUAACCAGUCCUCGCACCACAACUCCAGCUCCGGAAUACCUGCCGCCCCAGCCCAGCGGAUACUUCUACCCCAAGCCUGCAAUUCCCUUCGAUUUCUAAAAGAAGAGUCACUGCCACUCUAUGAGUGGCUGUUUGUUAACUUAUCGAAGAACCAGAUAGAAUGAUUAAAUGAUCAAAUAGUAGACAGACUAGAGAAUUGGAACAGAAAACACCCUAUAAAUUCGCAUGACGAACUUCUAUAAAAACACUGCCAAUUCACUGAUAAAUGUUUUGCAAGACAAUUUCUGCAUUGUUGUGAAAACAGUGGCAAAGAGGAGUUGAUGAAAAUGGUGUGCUAAAUUGCUAAAUCAGUCCAAAAGAUUUCUAAAUACUCAUUCUUUUCGUGAAGUUAAUUUAAUAAAGUAUA